GCUUCUCGUCUUAUAAUUGUAACUAUUUCAUCUUGAAUGCGAAAAGUGUAAUAUGGUGCAGCUACAUUUCCACUGACUUUCGGAAGAAAUUGUAUUUAUUUAUAUGUAAACUCUUUUCUCGUGGCAUCUUUUCUGUCGGUGAAAUGAAUACAGGAAAAGAUUUAAAUGUUGUUACAGAACGAAGAGAUAUCACAAGUAGGCACACAUUACGACGUAAUCAAGAAACGGACAAUCCUUGUUACAAGGAGCAUCUCAUGUCCCUAAAAUGCCUCAAUUCUGAUAAACCUCGGGAGACAUGCCAGCCAUAUUUCAUCAAUUACAAGAAUUGUAAAGAUUUCUGGGCUUCUGUGCAACAUGAACGCAAAUUGAAAGAUAUCAAACCAUACCUGCCACUUCCGGAGGAACGUGCCAAAAUAAAGAUUGAUUUCCUAAACUCAAGAUAGUGAUAGAUACAGCACACGGCUUCAUUUGUAAAAAUAUUGUUUAUUCCGUAAUAUUCUUCGGUAUCUUGCAAUAUUACAUUGUAAUAUAUUAUAAUACGUAUGUAUAUAGUCCAACAAAGUUUAUAUAUAAGCUUGAAAUAUA